GUCACAGGAGCAGAGGACCUGUCCUACUCCGCUCGCACCCAGGGGAGAUUACAGACAAUCCUCAGUCAGAAUGAAGUCAGCCAUCAUCGCUGCUGUGAGCCUGGCUCUGUGCCUGCAUCUAGGGUAUUCAAGAAUCUGCUACUAUUGCCCGACUGACACAGCCACCUCUGAAUGUACGGACACGAAGAACUGCCUGGGCGAUAACAUGGUGUGUAAGACAGUAGUAGAGAGCGACAAUGUAGGUUUUCCUUUUGAUGGGACUGAAAUAGUGAAACGUUUCUGCGCUACAAAUACGACCUGCUUACCGAGCGACACUGACGGAUUUGGAAUCGAUAAGCCUGUCUUUUGCUGUAACGUCGACUACUGCAACAGCCAAGGCCUAUUCGCCAAUAGCUCGGCGGUACUGACCCGACCGGAAAUCGGGAAGGGUGCUAUAGGAAUCUCAGUGGCCCUGGUCUUAGUAAGACUCUGAAGGAAACCUCCGCACAGUCAGCUCUGUGUCUUUAAGAACGUCCUUACAAAGACUACAAACAACCAUCACACUUGUCUUUAUAUCAUUCUGUCAAGAUACAACAAUGCUGGAAUAAGCUGAUGACGGGACUGCUCUCGCCCAUGCAAACUGCUGUUAUCAGUCUACAACAUACAUUACUAUAUGGAUACUAAGAAACAUUCAGUUCUGUGCGUUGCCUACAGUGUAACAGGACCUGUGACUGUCGGACUGCGGUGUUCCCCUGUAAUGUAUUCCACGGGCAGCCUACGGAUCUUCUAAGUCAUGGAUUUGCCACAUCUGUGUAACAUAUGUAAUAAUUUUUCCAUAUAGAGGCCCAGAUUAAAGUACCAACCAAUCAGCUCCUAACUGUCAUUUUUUAAACACAGCCUGUAACAUGGCAGUUAGGAGCUGAUUGGUUGGUACUUUUUCACCGUGCAAUUUAUCACUCUCCAAGGCUUGAUAAAUGGUGGCCACAUUCUACACUUCAUGUCUGUUACAUUCUUCUCUGGGAGGUCCUCUCCAACAGCCAUUGUCCCCGCCUCUACAUUUUAUAGUACUCAAUAUAUUCAUUUGCAUUUACUAAUUACUCAGUGUAUUCAACCUAGGCCUAUACCAGGCUGAUAACUGUCUCUAGAUGGAAUUAAAUGGUCACCUGGAACAACCGAGCUGCAAUGUUAGGGGUGCCGAUAGAUUUAUAAUUUUGUGUAAAAAUACUUCCCAACCAUCCCAAUUUCAGCGGGAGAGUCCCGUUGUUCGUGCACCAUCCUGCUCUCCCAUCCAUGUGCCGCAGUGUCUUGCGGACAAGUGGGAUGCUGGGAGACACUUUGCCACAUCGUUGAUCUAGCUGCAGACUGUGCAGAACGAUGGCUAGAGGAGUCUGGGGGAUAUGCCUAGAGCCUAGAGGAGUCUGGGAGAUAUGCCUAGAGGAGUCUGGGGGAUAACCAGUAUUUUAUUUAACGUAACUCAUUAAACCCCCUACUAGAAGCAUAAUUUCCGUCUCACAUCGGUGAGAUGCUAAAACUCUCGCACCCACAUAAGAGUGGCUGCAUCUCCCGAUGAGGAGGUUAUACAGGGAACUUGCAUUGCCGUAUAGAGGGGUGGUGGUGGGGGGCUAAAAGAGACAAAUCCGCAUCAUUUAGCGCCCUAUCACCUCACCUGUGACUGUAGGUGUAUCAUCCAGCAGUGACAUAGUAAGUUAUACUGCUGUAUACUGUGACAGCGGGUAUACAGGAAAUCCUCAGCCAGCAGUGACAUAGUAAGUUAUACUGCUGUAUACUGUGACAGCAGGUAUACAGGAAAUCCUCAGCCAGCAGUGACAUAGUAAGUUAUACUGCUGUAUUCUGUGACGGCGGGUAUACAGGAAAUCCUCAGCCAGCAGUGACAUACAGUAGUAAGUGAUACUGCUGUAUACUGUGACUAUGAGUAUACAGGAACUCACCAGCCAUAGUAAGUGACACUGCUGUAUACUGUGACUGCAGGUAUACAGGAACUCCCCAGCCAGCAGUCGCGACUAACUGUUGGCUGGUGCUAUAUAUUACUGUGCAGGGAGCAGACUUCAGGGCUGUCACACAAUAGCAAUUUUGAACUAAUCUAAAAAACCUUUGCAAGAACUGAAGGGUUGGGUUUGGGUGACCGGCGGUUGGGAGAGCGCCAGUCACCAUACCGACGCCAGUAUCCCGGGUUUUAGAUAGCAGGCGGCGGGGGGAGAGCAACAAAGCCCCUUGCAGGCUCUCUGCGCUCACCACGGGUUCUAUUCCCACUUUCCCGACCGCCGGUCACAUAAUCGCACCCCGAACUGACGCAACACAAUGUAUAUUUAUAUAUAAUGUGCUACAGUAUUGCCCCAUAUGUGACAUGUGACUUUACAUAGCACUUUAAUGUAUCUAUAGGGACCUUGAAUGGAACUGCCUGUUAAUGUAUGUAUACAGUAUUUCUAAACACUUUUGUUAUAUAAAAUAUAAAACCUGAUAAACUGCACCUGUGUUAGUGAUAAUGUAACAAUGUAAUGCAAUAAAUCUAUU